GGUUAUCAACAACAGAGUCGGUCUGUGGAGCUAACGUUAUUGAGGGACAGAGCCUGUGAGUGUUGUUUUGAAUUCGCCAGGAGACACCGACUGCAGGAGGGGGGUCAGGGUCUGUGGAUAAGAUGGCGGAUGUAGGAGACGAUGAAACUCGGCCGGCUGUCCCUUCGACAUCCCGUAAUGGUCCGGCCGUCGGCUCGUCGACAGGCAUCGCGGGCCAGAACGCAGCUAUAGUCGCGUCAGGUCCACGGAUGGUGAGGAUCGUUAAGUCGGAGUCUGGAUACGGGUUCAAUGUUCGCGGUCAAGUGAGUGAAGGUGGACAGCUACGGAGCAUAAACGGGGAACUGUACGCUCCUCUUCAGCAUGUCAGCGCUGUGUUGCCCGGAGGUGCCGCGGACCGAGCUGGAAUUGCAAAGGGUGACCGAAUUCUCGAAGUUAAUGGGGUGAGUGUGGAAGGUGCCACCCAUAAGCAGGUUGUAGACCUGAUCCGUGCUGGAGAAAAGGAGCUCGUCCUGGCUGUGCUUUCAGUCCCAGCUCAGGAGGCUGAUGGAUUGGAAGGAGGAGAGGAUGUCCAACCCAACUAUGACUACAGUGACAAGCAGGCCGUGCCCAUUUCAGUUCCCACAUACAAACAUGUAGAACAGCACUCGGAGAGGUUUGUGGUGUACAAUGUGUACAUGUCGGGUAGACAGCUUUGCUCUAAGCGCUACAGAGAGUUUGCCAUCCUGAACCAGAACCUAAAGAGGGAGUUUUCCAACUUCAAUUUUCCAAAGCUUCCUGGGAAAUGGCCCUUCUCCCUCUCUGAACAGCAACUGGAUGCUCGUCGUAGAGGCCUGGAGGAAUAUCUUGAGAGAGUUUGCUCUGUGCGGGUAAUUGGGGAGAGUGACAUCAUGCAGGAGUUUCUCUCUGAAUCAGAUGAAAAUUACAAUGGAGUGACGGACGUAGAGCUGCGAAUAGCCCUGCCCGAUAAGACCACCAUCUCUGUCAGAGUCCGCAAGAAUAGCACCACAGACCAGGUGUAUCAGGCAUUAGUGAUGAAGGUUGGAAUGGACAGUAUUAUGGCGAGCUACUUUGCACUUUUUGAAGUCAUCAACCAUUCCUUUGUACGAAAGCUGGCGCCUAAUGAGUUUCCCCACAAGCUUUAUGUGCAGAACUACACGUCAGCAGUGCCGGGGACUUGCUUGGCGCUCCGCAAAUGGUUGUUUAGCUUCCAGGAGGAGGAGUUACUCAGAGACAAUCCGCUGGCGCUGCAUUACUGCUUUCACCAGGCACUGGAUGAUGUGAAGAAGGGAUUCAUAAAAACAGAGGACAAAUCCUACCAGCUGCAGAAACUGGCAGAGCAACGCAAGAUGGCCACGUACCUGAGCCUGUUGCGGACAUGUGAAGGCUACAAUGAGGUGGUGUUUCCUCACUGCUCCUGUGACUCCAGAAGGAAGGGACAUGUCAUCACAGCCAUCAGCAUCAAUCACUUCAAGCUACAUGCUUGCACGGAGGACGGCACACUGGAGAAUCAGGUGAUCGCUUUUGAGUGGGGAGAGAUGCAGCGCUGGGACACCGACGAGGAGGGCAUGGCUUUCUGCUUCGAGUACGCUAGAGGAGAGAAGAAACCUCGCUGGGUCAAAAUCUUUACUCCAUAUUUUAACUACAUGCACGAGUGUUUUGAGCGGGUCUUUUGUGAGCUGAAGUGGAGGAAACAGGUUGAGGAAGAGGCAUCUGACAAAGACAACAAAAACUGCAGUAACAAUGAGUUUCUGCCUCCAUUGGAGACACAGCAAAAAGGAUGGCGCCACCUAGGGGGGGAGAUUGCAACGUCUUAAAACCACGGGUCACCACUCGAAACUACAACUGGUCCACUCGCAUCAUUACAGCCACCCCAGAGAGCGCCCAUCAACAAACAAAGAACCGAGCGACAGAACUGACACAGUCCAUGCCCCGAAAACUGGAAAUGACCAAAUUUGGGAAAUUGGAAAAGUGACACUUAACCAAACCCAGGGAUACACACACAACAAGAAGAGCAAUGAAGGAAGAUAAACAAAAGCCAGCUUUCAUUUCAUUCACUUGAUCUCCAUAGUGUGUCUGUUCUCCUCCAUACAAUUACCCUGUGAUGUGGCUGGACACGAGCCAAUUCCCGCAUCACUGGUUGAGAUGUAACGCAUAUCUGCAGCACGUGACCGGUCAGCGUGACCACAGCAAGGCAGCAGCAUUUGCUCUAAGGAACUUGACGAGGGAGCUGACGUCUGGGGUGGGAUCCCCGACGCAACGCGAUCGACCCAAGCCGAGGCCAGAACCAGAGCUUUCAUCUGCAGAACCGAGCUCUGGCGAUGGAACACAACGGGACAGAAAAACAAACUCCUGUCGGUUAGUGACGAAAAAGAAGAAGAAGAAGAAGAAGGCAAAAUAAUGCUUUACACUGAUGCUGGAUUCUAACACAAAAAUAAUGUUUUCUAUCUGUGAGGUUAAACUUUUUUUUGUCUUUGUCUGCAAAUGUAACUAACUGAAAACUGACGUGAGGGGACUUCUAAUUAUAUGUGCGUUUAACGCUCUUCUGAUCAAAUAGAUACAUUUAUGGCCAAUGAUAAUUGGUUUGUCCAUCUAACACAGUGAAACACUAAUUGACUUACGUCCUAGCUGCUCCUACUAAUCUCCAUUUACCAUGUCUUGUGGUCAAAGCUAUGCUACUGGAGAGAGAUGUCUGUUGACGGUCAGUAUGGUCAGGCUUUCUUCUUCUCAGAGUUGAUGGUCCAAAGCCUUUGACCAUUUAAACAUGACACUUGUUCUACACAAGGAAUCUGACCCACAGGCUUUGAAUACAAGGACAGGACAGGAGUGGCUCUGAGUGUGUGCGUGUGUGUUGAGCUGCUGUUUUGUGAACUGACAGCAGGGGGCAGCAGAGUGUAAGACAGAUGUCGUCGUGGGUUUUGAAGAAAUUGAAAUCUUCCUAAAGAGUGCACCCUUGGGCUCUGUAACUCACCUGGAAAUAUUCCUCCUCUGCAGUUUGUCCAUUAACCAUAUCAGGAGGACAGAUGGUGUGUGUGUGUGUGCGUGUGUGUGUGUGUGUAAGUUCAGAUGGUGCAUGAAGUUGUGUGACUGCCUUCACUGUCAUCAGUGGAAAGAGCAGUGCAGACAGCUGUCCGCGUCUUAGAAAGUGAUUCAGUAUUAGCUGUGUGUAUAUGUACAUGACAUGAAAAUAUGAAUUAGAAUUUAGUUGUUUGUUUUUUUUAAAGCAUUUAUUCCAUUUCCUCACAAAGUUAAGAUGCAGUUGUGCUUUUCUUUGUUGCCUCUCCUUUGAGCAUAAAUGAUUACACAUGAAUGAGAGAACUCUGUUUAUCCAUCAAGGGCGUGUAGUUUAUCUUGGCCAAAACAUUACUGACUCAGUCUUGUCUUUCACUCACCUUCUGACUGCAAACCAGAAAACCUGAAACGGAGAGGGAUUUCUUUUUAUUUUUUUUUAAUCCACUCCGAAUUGUAGAGCAGUUUGACACGUUUGAGUGUUUUUAAUUUGUUGUGCAGUGGCGUUCAGCUGUCUGCUCUGUAAGAUAUAUGUGUUUCAUACCCAGGUUUAGUCAUAAUUAGAUUGUGGUUGUCUCGCAGCAGACUCCCGUGUGUGUGUGUGUGUGUGUGUGUGUGUGUGUCCUCUGUGUCUAUCAGUGACAUUGCCGAUAAGCUUUUCAAACUCUGAUUGGACGUGAUUGAUGAGUUGUCAUUGUGUGGGCCAGUAAAUGAAGAUGGGGAUUUGUGUCUAUAUGACAGUGGAGAUGCCAGACAGAUGGAGACAAAUACGAGGCAUUUUCUAUUGUCUGCCUGACGUUCUCACACACACACACACACACACACACACACACAUCCUCAUCUCCCUGCCACUCUGUUUCAGUUUGACAACAUUAUUUAGCAGAGCAUUGCAUGCUAUUUUUGAUUCCCAGUUUCCUGACAGUCUACAGCAGUACAUGGCACACUGAAGUGUCAUGAUGUAUGUUUCACUCACACACCACACAUAGAUGGUCUUAGAUAAGAGCCUGCAAUGUGCAAAUGGCUGGAUGGUCAUUUUGACAGCCAAAGUAAUAACCAAUUUAAAGAUGGAUGGCAAGAAUUAAAGCUGUUCAACCAUGUUGUUUUUUUCCCUACAAGCUGUAGAGGCAGAGGAGGUUGUGUGUGUGUGUGU